UGCUACGGAGCUUCUUGCUCUACCUCUGCUUCUUCCUCUUCGUAAUACGAUAAUAAUACGCGCGUCUAUUAUAGAAUAUCAUUGCUCUAAGUGCAAUAUUCGACGGAGUGUCUGUUGGUGUGUGUUUAGGUUUUGGAGCUGAUUUGUAGCCGUGCGAUUUUUCUGUUUUUUUUUUGGUUUGUAAUUUAUUUACAAAUCGUUUAUGUGAGUGAAGUGCGGCCCGCAUUUAUUGUUUCGCGAUUUCCAUAUAAAGAAGAUCGCGAUCGAAUAAUAUACGCAAAUGGUGCAGGCGAAUUAUCGACUCUCAUCAUCGCGUGGCUCUUUGAGUUAAGCGAAUUAAUUGGUAUGCCAUCGAAAGCUCGUCGGAUCAAAAGCACGGGACAGCGUCUUCUACUGCGCGUCAGCCACGCGACAUCGUGAAAACGCUUUGCGAAAGCAGUCGUCGUCGAGCGUGUGCGCGACAAGAGUUCACCGACGAAAAAACAAUCGGUACAACGAAAAAAAAAAAGAAGGAAAAUUCGAGACAAGAGAAAAUAAGUAUUAAAAACAAAAAUAGAUACGUGAGAGGACCUAGAGCAAGGGAACAAAAGACCGAGAGAGGCCUGGCCCUGGAAUAAAAAGUACCAAAAAAAAAAAAAUUAAAAAGGACAGAAACGAAUCAGCAUAUCGAAACAAAAGAACGGGUCGAAAAAGGAAAAAGAAGAAGAAGACGACGCAGUGUCGAAUUACUCGCAGUUAUCAUCGUCAAAUUAAAAAAAAAAUAUUCGCCAAUAUUUACCACUAUCAAGAAGCCCCGGGGAUCGAUCGAUCCGAUCGCCGUGAGUUUUUUCUCCGUGUAUCUGUGCGCGUGUGUUAUAUUACCCGUGUGUGUGUGCUCCAGUGAUCACCUAUAUAUAUAUACACGAUAUACAUACGCAAUAUACGCACGAUGAAUAUGCAUGCGAGCGGCGCAACAUCAGCAGCAGCAACAACGACGACAGUAGUAGUAGUAGCUGCGGCGGCCGAUGACUCUCCGGCUGAUUAUCAUCGUGUGCGUCGCGCGUAGUGCAUUUCGGGGCCGCCUCUUUCAAACGCGACUCUGUCUGCCUGCCUGUAUAAUAUUUAUUUAUUUAUGUGCGCGCGACGCAGUUAGUCGUCGCAGCAGCAGCAGCAGUCACAACAACACACAAAAUGAUGAUGAUGAAAUCCAUCGCUCGGCUGUUGACGCUCGUCGUUUUCUUCUGCGCCUGGUCGACUACUACUACUUCAGCGCUGUACUUUCCGCAAUCGGAUCUGAGCAUAAGAGUGCCGAGCCUGGGCAAGAAUCAAUUGGGAUCGGGAAUCGUGCUGCUGUCGGCCCGAACGUUGAACAACGACUCGUCGGUGCCCACCGAGGCGACCUAUCAAAUUUUGCCGCUUAAGGACAAGUCCGCGGCUCUGGUCAACGGCAGCGUCGUUCUGCUCGACGCUCCCAGAAGAGGCAGCACGGAAACCAUCGUCGUCCAAGCGACGGGCAAGGCCGGCGCCGAGGCCUUCCUGGAGAUAAAAGUUCUUCCCCAGUACGCGAAGAAUGGCAAAAUCAAUUGCACCGAUUACGUGCAGGACAUAUGCUUUUGGAACUCGUCCAGGUACCGAAUUUACGAGAAUCAGCCGACGACGAUGCUCGGCACGCUGGGCCCGAGUUUCUACCAGACGCUCUGCCCUCAAUUCUUCAAGCCCGAGUACGACUUGUUGAAUGGCACCGAAUUCUUCCACCUGUCGAACGACCGGCUCUGGGCCAACGCCUCGCUCGACCGGGACAGCUGGGACAAGCCUCGGGGCACGGGUCCGCGCGCCGCCUGCGAGGUGCGCUGCGUCGUCUGGGACGAGACCACGGGCAUACAGUACACCCGCGAGAAGGUCCUGCACGUGGACGUGCUCGACGAGAACGACAAUCCGCCCGUGUCGCAGACCAACACGAGCGUGCACAUCUACCUCAAGGACUUUUUGCAGGGUGACAGACUGGACGAGCAGGAUCUGAUUUUCAAGGACGCCGACGACGUGAGCACCAACAGCUACGACAUCAGGCUGCUCGAGGACCACCACAACGCCCUGAACUUGGUCUGGAACACCAUGUCGGUCGAUCAUCCGAAGAUGCCGCCGUCCACGGCCAUUUUCGCACGACUGUACUCGAAGACGACGCUGCUGCCGAAAUCGCCGUAUCACGUGAUACUCCAAGUCUCCGACGUAUCCUUGCUUCCCGGCUACGGCAAUAACACGAUCAACAUCACGCUGUCGCUGAUGGGACCGCAGCAUUACACGUCGACCACGGCCCCGUCCAAUCAUCCCGACGGACUGUCGGCGCUGACCGCCUCGAAGAAACCGGGGGCGACGGCGGCGAUCGUUUACACGCAGGAGACGAUACUGGUGUCUCGCUACUCCGGCCAGUACUACAGGAUAACUCAGCCGCUGCUGCUGGCCCAGAGAGAGGCGGCGGCCGUGCAGUUCAGCCUGCGCGGCCCCAAGGCAUUCAACGUCACGAGCAAGGGCGGCAUCGUUUACGUUGCCGAUCCCCAGGCGCUGGCUGCCAUCUCCAAUGCGAUCAACCUGAGAAUCGAGUGGAAAGCCGCCAACGAGGCGAAGCCAACCUCUUACGCGAUACUGUCGCUGAAAAUCGUCGAUCUGACGGACGCCUGCAAGCAGAAUCCCGCGAACGGCCGCUCGUGCGCCAACGCCAAGACGGCCCAGGAGUGCCAGGGACGCUGCGGCAUCGCGGCCGGCGGCAAUUUCAGCGGCAAUUCGACGAGCCAAGUUAAUGGGACGACGACGACGACGAGCGGCUGCGCCUGGCGCUCCAACGGCAACGGCCAGGCCAGCAGCACCAUGACGGAAAAGUACGAGACCUGCUCGGCCAAUCUCAAGUACUGUCCGGACAACGUGUGCGACGAGCUCGAGUAUCUCGAUCUGCGCAUCUGCCCUCAGGACUGCGCCAUCGAGACGGAAUUGCGCUUCGCCGAGGUGAACAAGGCCGGCCGCGGCAUCAAGCGCGGCUUCGGCACCUGCUGGUGCGAGGACUUUCUCAUAUGCACCUGCGGCUCGAGCUUUCGCGACAUGCCCAUGUCCGGCGAGAACUCGCUCGCUCGCUCCGCGAAAAAGGAUCAACAGCAGCAGGGACGAGACAAACCGACGGCCGUCGACGUUCAGCAAGCCGCGGGUAGCAUGUGUGGCACUUCGUGCCUGAUCGGGGUCUCGGUGGCCUGCUCGUUCGCCUUCGUCAGCUUCAUGGCCAUUGUCUGCUUCUGGAGAACGAGAAUCGCGUCGAAGGUGUCGCGACGCAACGGGGGCGGCUGCAUGCGCCGGGGCAGCAGCGACACGGACGCACACGGCCUCGGCAUACUGCCGCAGGACUACGUCGAGCGAGGAGCAGCAGCCGCGGCGGCGGACUCGAGCGGCGUAGGAGUAGGCAACGGCCUGCUGAUUGGCCUAGAUUCCAUGACUGCAAUCAAUCGCUCGCUAAUGCCACCCAAGAGUCUCACGACCGACCCCAAGUGGGAAUUUCCACGGGCCAGGCUGCAGAUCGAGCAGGUGCUGGGCGAGGGCGAGUUCGGCCGGGUGCUGCGCGCCAAGGCGCACGACAUCGCGGGCCAGCCGGGCGUCCAGACGGUCGCGGUCAAGACCCUCAAGGAGUGCGCCAACAGCGGCGAGCUGGCCGAUCUGCUCUCCGAGUACGAGCUGCUGAAGGACGUCAAGCAUCCGAACGUGAUCAGGCUGCUGGGGGCCUGCACAGGGGCCAGCGGCCCGGUCUAUCUCAUCAUCGAGUUCGCCGAGUACGGAUCGCUCAGAAAUUACUUGCGCAAGAGCCGACACUUGGACACGGACGGCAGAUUGCCCAGCGCCAUGUCGCAGCAGCUCUUAUCGUCGUCGUCGAACAACGGCCUGAUGGGUACGACGACGACGAUUAUGGACGAGACGUCGCUCACGAGCAGCAACGAGUCCAUCACGCCCCGCGACAUCAUCUCCUUCGCCUGGCAAAUUAGCAAGGGCAUGGCUUAUCUCGCCGACGUCAAGCUGGUACAUCGAGAUUUAGCGGCGAGAAACGUGCUGCUGGCGGCGGGCCGGCAGUGCAAAAUAUCCGACUUCGGCCUGACUCGAGAUAUUUACGAGGACGACGCUUACUUGAAGCGCAGCAAAGGCAGAGUGCCGGUGAAAUGGAUGGCACCGGAAUCGCUGGCGGAUCACGUCUACACGAGCAAAUCCGACGUCUGGAGCUUCGGGAUUCUGCUGUGGGAGCUGAUAACGCUGGGGGCCUCGCCCUAUCCCGGCGUCGACGUGCACAAUCUCUACAAUUUGCUCAAGUCCGGCUACCGCAUGGACAGGCCGGCCAAUUGCUCCACGCAGCUCUACAAGCUGAUGACAUCGUGCUGGCACGACGAGCCGGGCCUGCGGCCGUCCUUCAAGGAGCUCGCCCUCGUCUGGGAGGGUAUGCUCGAGGCCGCCGCGGACUAUCUCCAACUGGCUCAGCCGCGAAUGGUGCACAAUCAGGCCUACUUCACGUCGCUGAAUCCGCUCGACAGUCCGCGAAGCACAGCCAGCAGCAGCGGCGAGUACGAGCAGCCGCGCAAAAUACCGAGAUCGGUCGCCGCCGCCUCGGCUGCCUCGACCGUGAGCAGUCGCAGCAGCAACAACAGCGACUCGAUCAAGCGCGACGAGUCGGACAAGGACACGGCCGUCAAUUAUCUGAACAAAUCUCUGGCUGGUCAGCAUCGUUCGAAGCAGCAGCAGCAGCAGCAGCUGACGUCCAAGUGCGACAAGGUCGACAAACUCGAGGACCUGUGGCAGGUGGAUCAUCGUCUGCGUCAGCCGUCGAGAUCGAACUACGUGAACGAGUCGGCCCAGGAGGCCUAUCAGCGCCACUACGAGAGCCCGAUAAGACUGAGGAAUCGCAGCGUGGCGAGCAACAGCGAGAACGAGUCGACGACGACGCCGACGGGACCGUCGCCGGACGACGACGAGGAUAUUCAGGCUGGUGGUGGUAGGCCGCAGUCGUACAUCGACAUGCAGUCCGGAACCGCCGGGGCGAGCUCGACGACGACGACGACUGCCGCCGACAACGGAGGAGCCAAGAUGAAACUAGCCGAGGCCGAGAGUCUGCUCAUGUCGUUCGGGGGCGGCUCGGAAAUCGGAGUUUAAGCGCGUGAAUGAAUGGUUGGGUGUAUGAAUUCUUCGAUCGGGGGGAAAAAAAAAUUAAAGUGUCUUGAAGAUUUAAGUAAAAUCGGUUAUAAUAAUUAUGAAUCAAGCCUUAACGAAAAUUACGAUAUUCGAUGUAGCGUUGAUACGGUUGAUAAAAACAUUUUAUAACUACCAUAUAGUCUAUGUAGCAACGAUGUAGUUUAUAGAGAAAAAUAAUAAUAAUAAUAAUAAUAAUGAAAAUGUGCUUGCGUAUAACAGAGCAUCGUGUGAACGCGAUCGUGUAAAACGAGGUAAUCGAUGUGACACACGCGCUUAUAGAAAGAUAAAAAGAAAAGUUCCACAUGCAGCCUAGUCAAACGUAUCGUUAUAAAAUCUUUGUGUAAUAUAUCUAUGAAGCUCCGGGAAGAAAUUCAUACGGUGUGACGAGAGCUCUCAUUUAUACUUUAUUAAUGUAAAUGUAUGUUUUAAAAAAUAGAUUAAAACCAUGUCUUCGAUGUUUAUAUUUAAGUAAAUUAACGAUGUAGUAAGUGGAAUGAUGAUCUCGCGAUUUUAGUCCUACCCCCAUACUUUAUAUCCCUCCCCCUCCGCAGGACAUUCCAUUGUUUAAUGUUUAUAAUGAAAAAUAAUGAAAAAAAUGCAGGGUUCGUAUUUUUAACUCGUGUUAUGGGUAUUUUUUUUGUACAUCGUGACAAUCAGCUAUAGAUAGAAAAAGAGUCGAUUGUCGAGGCGUUUAACCAAAGACUUGAAUUUUGUUUUUAUCGCUCUCUCGCGCAUUCUUUCUCAUUUUUUCGAAGACAAAGAAAAAUAAACGAUAUUUUUUAAUAAUAGAUGAAAAAUUAACGAAAUCAUCGUAGCGAAAAAGUAGGAUUUAGCAAUUGAAUUUGUAAUCGUGGCAAGGACUGUAAUAGACGAAUAAGAAAUGUUAGAAUUAUAAUCAAAUUAACGUAAGUUUUCUUCCACAUUGUGUACGUUAUAACAAAAAAAUAACCCUUUUUCAUCGAUCGAUGCUGUACAUAUGAUUUGUUGAAUUCGUUCUGUGAUUUGAUAAUUGUACAUAUUAUAUACAUGCGUAGCUUUAAGUUUUUAGCUUAUUAUAUCAAAUACGUUACAGAACGUAAUGGCAUUACUGUACAUUUUUUGAAUAAUUUCGUUCGCCAAGGCAGAACACGAUAUUGUACAUUUUUUUCGUAAAAAAAAAAAACAAUGGAUUUAGUUUGUAUUCUUAAUGCUUACUCGAAUGUGUCGGUAUACUGCACUCGAUGUGGCCGAUGACUCGAACUCUUUGUAAAUAAUCAUCGUCUUUGUGCCGAUUCGAUGUCUCACUUUAAUUUCACAUUUUUCGAUUGUACAAUUUUUGGAUGAAAAAUAAAUGUGCUUUUUUUAACGA